UAGUGAUCCUGAUGCCGAAGAGAAGGUGCAAUGGAGAACGGGGGGGAAAUUUCUUCCAAAGAAGAUGUCAUUGCAAAGUUGAAAGAUGACGGUGACUUUGACAGGCUACGUUUGAAGAUCGUUCGUAAGCUCAAGGACAAUGAAGAAUUGCGAGAACGCAUUAUUUCAAUUGUGAGGCAAUCGGCGGUGCUUAAUCGUGACGGAGCAGAGAAUAUGAAACCCAGACAACUUUCUGAUGCCAUAUACGAGGAAGUUGGGGAUAACGUAAUGAGCCAGAUAUCCAAUAGUUUGUGGCAAAUAAUCAGAUCAGAUGAUGAUGGCAUGAAAAGUGAAAUCACAGAAACAGUGCAAUCUGUUUACGAUAAACUGGUGAAUCCAAAAGGGAAGGAUGAGAUCCAGUUACCCACCCCUGGUGUGAUGCCAUUUCAGACGCAAGUUGAUAUCGCUCCGGCUGCUGAAAUGGGCGAGACAUUGCAUGAAAAUGAGCCGAAUGAACCACCCGGUUUCGCUCUUUCACGUAAUCAUCUGAAUAACAACUACGACAACCAGAAUAGGGGAAGGGAGCAAGUUAAUGUGAAUAAUGGCGACGAAGGAUCUAAUGCGGAGCGGAGGGAAGAGCGCCACCCGUCACAGGAGACGCGUGGUGCAGAAGACGUCAGUGAUGAUGGGCCACCUGGAUUUUCAACAGAGGCGGAGCACCUCCCAUCAUCUGAUUGUGGUGAUGAGGACCCUGAUGUGCCUCCUGGUUUUGGUUGAUGAAUUGCCUUGUUGGAAAACAUGGUUAUGGCUGAAAAUUUCUGAUUUCAGUUUUUCUGCCAUCAGUUUUGAAGCCGUCCUCAAAAAAUGGGCACUCAGGAGGUCUCAUCCUCAAAAUGGAUCCCUGAAAGUACUUCCCCCUGGAAUCAUGAAAGAGAUGAAGAGGGAGAAGCUAGACAGUUACUUUUUUGGUUGUAACGCUUUCUCUUUUAUUAUUUCACACGAAACCUUACUUCAGAAAUAUUGUUCAUUUGCUUCCCACAUUAAUGAAAGCUAAUUUCACA